ACCCGCCGCCUCGCCCCCGACAGAUCUGCUCUCCAAAUCCACCCUCGCGAGGCAGCGGCGUCCAAUCCAAUCCACCCCGAUUCGAUCUCCGGCCAACCCCCACCCGCCCGCCGCCGCCGCCAUGAACCCCUACGCCGACAACCGCUACGCCGACCCCUCCUCCUACCGCGACAGGCGCAGCGACCUGGCCGCGGCUCCCGUGAUCGCCCCGCAGGUCCCCGUGGGCGCCGCGAACCCCUACGCCGCCCCGUACACGCCCAUAGCCGCCGCUUCCGUCGGGGGCAACUUCCCGCGCUAUGGCCAGGGCGGCGGCUACGGCGGAGGCAUGGGCUACGGCGGCGGGAGAGGCGGCGGCGGUGGCUUCCACGGCGGCGGCGGUAGAGGAGGCGGCAACGGGAGGGACGGGCUAGACUCGAUCUCCCUGCAGAAGCCGGAUUUCCGGGGCCUUAUACCGUUCGAGAAGAGCUUCUACGUCGAGUGCCCCGAGGUGCAGGCCAUGUCGGAGACGGACGUGGCGCAGUACCGCCAGCUACGGGAUAUCACCGUGGAGGGACGGGAGGUGCCCAAGCCUAUCCGCUUCUUCCACGAAGCCAACUUCCCAGAUUACUGCAUGCAAGCGAUAGCCAAGUCUGGAUUUGUGGAGCCAACGCCUAUUCAAGCUCAGGGCUGGCCCAUGGCUUUGAAGGGCAGGGACGUGAUUGGCAUCGCAGAAACUGGCUCUGGGAAAACAUUAUCUUACAUACUACCUGGGUUGGUUCAUGUUGGUGCGCAGCCUCGGCUAGAACAAGGUGAUGGCCCAAUUGUCUUGAUCCUUGCUCCGACAAGAGAACUGGCUGUCCAAAUACAGGCAGAAGCUACAAAAUUUGGGUCAUACUCCAGAACUAGAAGCACAUGUAUCUACGGUGGAGCACCUAAGGGACCACAAAUACGUGAUCUUAGGAGAGGAGUGGAAAUCGCCAUUGCUACACCUGGGCGGCUGAUUGAUAUGCUGGAAGCUGGUCACACAAACCUACGUAGGGUUACGUACCUUGUACUGGAUGAGGCAGACCGUAUGCUAGAUAUGGGCUUCGAGCCUCAGAUUCGGAAAAUAUUGGCACAAAUCCGUCCGGACAGGCAAACUUUGUACUGGAGUGCCACGUGGCCAAGGGAAGUUGAAUCCUUGGCUAGACAAUUUCUUUCAAACCCUUACAAGGUAAUGAUAGGAACAGCUGAACUUAAAGCUAAUCAUUCCAUACAACAAAUUGUUGAAGUUAUUUCAGAUCAUGAAAAGUAUCCCAGGCUGAGUAAGCUUUUAUCCGAUCUAAUGGAUGGGAGCCGAAUCUUGAUAUUUUUUCAAACGAAAAAGGAAUGUGAUAAGGUUACUCGACAACUUAGAAUGGAUGGAUGGCCAGCGUUAUCUAUACAUGGUGAUAAAGCUCAAUCUGAAAGGGACUAUGUUCUAGCCGAGUUUAAGAGUGGGAAGAGUCCUAUAAUGGCUGCCACAGAUGUAGCAGCACGUGGGCUUGACGUGAAGGAUAUAAAGUGUGUGAUCAAUUUUGAUUUCCCAACCACUAUCGAGGAUUAUAUUCACAGGAUAGGCCGAACUGGCCGUGCUGGUGCAACUGGAAUGGCUUUUACGUUCUUCACACACUCAAAUGCAAAAUAUUCGAGGAAUCUUGUCAAGAUCUUGCGUGAAGCUGGCCAGGUUGUAAAUCCAGCUCUAGAAUCUAUGUCCAAGUCUGCCGGUUCUAUGGGAGGAGGAAACAAUUUCCGGUCAAGGGGGCGUGGCGGGUUUGGUGGUAACCGUUCUGGAUCAAAUAACAUCCCAGUAAGGAGAAGAUAUUGAUGCAAAUGAAAGAAUGAAGAUUACCAUUCUGAUUUUGCUGAAGACAAUCAAUGAAGUUUUAUCUGUAUACUGAUAGGUAUUUUUUGCGGGAAUUUCUUUGAAAUCCCACUGCUGCUAGAUCGAACAAACUCUAUUCUGUUUUGUACCAGGGCUACGGGCUUCUGUUAUAGAAAUUAUAGACAUCUGUGAGCAACUAUCAUAUGUAUUCAAGUCAAUUUUACCUUUA